UCCAUUUGCAUUGCAAUUAGGUCGUUGUUGCGUGUCAUUACGAGUCCAAGUACUUCAAUGCCAAUAGCGAAUUCUUGGGAGCUAUGGAUUCUGCUGUUCCUUGCGCUCUGUUACUGAGCAUCAGUGAAACUUUCAGUCCAUCGUCUCAAGAAUCUAAUAAAUUACUGCGCCCAGAAACUGUGGAUUGCGUCGAUGGAACCACGUUGCAGCUCAUAUUUUUCGAUGGAGAAGAGGCUGUAAAAGCUUGGGUUGAUGGUGACAAGUUAUACGGAUCGACUGCUUUGGCAGAAUUGUGGGAAACUGAAGGGAAACUUGAAAAUAUUCAGCUGUUCAUUCUCAUGGAUUUACUGGGCACGAAAGUCGGUUACGAUUGCUCGUUAUGUCCGAAAAUCGUGUCGCUCUAUGAAAGCACCCAAGGAGAAUACGAUCAACUCGUGUCAAUGGAGACAUUUUUGCGAGAUUCGGGACAAUUGCUGCAAAUGGACGACGUUGAUCCCGCAUUCAACAACGCCACAUUCAUGGGCAACAUAUUCCGUCCUGAUUCGAAUUAUUUGGUGGCCGGCAUCAUUAGUGACGAUCACACCCCAUUUUUAAACCGCGGAGUGCAAAAUAUUUUGCACUUGAUCCCGUUCCCGUUUCCGCACGGUUUUCAUUCCGAAGAUGACGAUGAGGAAAAUUUGGAUCCCGCGGCUGUUUUGAAUCUGGAUUUGAUAAUCAGAUGCGCUAUUUGUUCAAAUUUGACUUCCAUCAGUGAUCUUGAAUGCGGAUGUACCUGAAAUCUUCGACUUUUUAUGGUGCUAAAAUCGUUUUUUUUCGAUUUCGAUGCGCGGUGCAGUAUUUUGAUUGGACGAGUCAUGCUCAUGUUUCAGCGGUGAUAAAUAAAAGUCGGAUGCAUA